AUGUUUAUCGAGGCCUCUCCAAAUGAGAGGUAUAUGAGGACACUUUCAUUAGGAAGUUUCCCACAAAAUGUGUUAGACUUUCAAGAGUCGCCCGACUUCUUCCAGCAGAUUGCUUUUGUCGAUUAUCAACUUCAGUUGCUAAUUCAGCACGAUCUAGGCGAUGCUAUUGCUUCGUCGAAUAAGAACACCGAGGCUGCCCGGUCAGCCACUGAAAAAUUGGCCGAGUUGAAGAAUUACAUCACUUCAGUCAAUGCCAAUUACUCCAAAAGGAGCCAAUCUUACUCAGAAUCUUUGUAUUAUACCGUUGUGUUGGCAGACUUGCACUACUUGAGCUUCGAAUAUGAGAACAUGUCGGCAACGCUUUCGCUGUUCUCGUUAAGUGGCUCUCCACACCUGGAAUCUGAAGCACAAACUGACUUCAUUGAGUACUUGACUGCCAGAUUCUACGCUCUUUUCGGCUCGGGCAAGAGAGAGGGUGCCUACAAGCACUGGCUCGAGUACUUGGCUAAAUUGACGAAUUAUGGUACUAAGAGCCAGAUUGCUGCUAACAGGUGGCAGGACACAAUCUUGCUUAGAGUUGUUGGCCUUUUGAGCUCCAAUGGCGCCAGGCCGUUGAGAUUCAAAGAUAUCAUCUCUCAAUCAUUUAGCGAAAACGCAUGCAGUGUGAUAGCUAUCUCGAGCUUUUGCUUGAGACCAGAGAACGAAAAGUACGUGAUCAAGGAAUUCAAAAAUGACUUCAACGUCUUUUUGACGGAGCUCAUCAACACUAAAGUGAAGCAAAAAAAAGACUUCCCAGAUGCUUCUGUUGAGAACUGCGAGGAAGAAACCUUCAUCAACUCUCUUUACGAGUCUAUCAAUGACAUUUCCUCACAGAGACCGCUCGUGGCCCAGGUACUCAAGCCAAAACUUUCAAAGAAGUUUUUGGUAAAUAUGACGGAAAAGACAUAUCAGAGUUUUGCGAUUCUUUCUAACUUGAUUAGAACUUUGCUAGACUUGGAAGAGUACGAUGAAGCCAUUGCUGCUCUCAAGACUUACAUUGACUACGUUGAGAAAGAUCAGGAACAAAACCACGGUCGUGUAAACAAUAUCCUUGACGUCAUUGACGUUUAUACCGUGUGUCUCCAACACUUCAAUCCCAAACAUUCGUUCAUUCCAGUUGCAAGAGAAGGCGACAUCACCAAAAAGUUCAAGUAUAACGAUUUGUAUACGGUAGUGGAGCAGCUCAAGGUUUUCACAGAGAAGCUUUUGCAUUACUUGAGUGAGCUUGCAAAAGUGGCAGAUUUGCACUACGACGAAGAGGCCGGUUUGCAAAGCAACAGAUUGUCAUUCCUUUAUCACAGAUAUAACACGAAUUUAGUGAUGUCUGACCAGUCUAAGUUUGUCAAAACUGUGGCAAAAGCGUGGUUUGUCAUUGGUGACUUUUAUUCUUAUUUAACUUCUCACCAAUCGCCAACUCCGGAAAUCAUGAAAAAGAAUGUCGAUUUAGUGCUCAAGUAUUGGAAGAACAGUCUUAUUGUGAACUCGACAGGGAAUUCGACUUUGCUAUUCCGUUAUGCAUUGGAGUUGUCGUAUAACGGGUUCGUGGAACCUGCCAUCAAAUUGUGCAAAUUUAUCUUGAAGAAGUACCCGGAGCAAUUUCAAGUGUGGAAUUUGCUUGUCUUGCUACUUUCGGCCGAUGAAACAAAGGCAUCGAGUGUUGAUGACAGAUCCAACGAAGCUAAUAAUGCUGCUGUCUUGGACGACCUCAAGAAGUCUCGUAGCGAGCCAUUAACGUCAUCUGAACUGGAAAGUUUUGUGGAGGAUGCAUUGAACAUUGCUGGCCUUUACAUGCAAAAAUGUCAGCAGAAAGGUACGAGUAUUUCAUUUCAGAAGAAGUACUCUAUUUUGCAAUUAAAGAUGACGCAACUAGCAAUGUGGGAGGCGAAGCACGGCAUCGAGUAUAUUUUAGAGUCUAUUGCCGAAGUGUUUGUCUUAUACCGUGAGCUAUUUGAACUGGGCGAUUCCAAACCAGAGCCACCCCAGAAGAGUCUCCAGCCUCCACGCUUGUCCGUGGUUAAUUCAAGAGCCGAGAGCAAAUGGUCACAUCGCCCAAGUGUGGUUGACCCUUCAGUGCCAGAGCUCAAGGUCGACAAGUCGUCUCUGAGAGAGCACCGUGCUGCCAAAGAUAAGAUCAAGAGGUUGUCCAGAGUUGGAAUUGAGAGCAACAGCGCCGGUAAGACUUCAACUAAAGCACAUCAAGAGGCAGUUAGCUCUUCUAAGCCCGCCCGUCGUGUUUUGCAAGAGAUUUGGUUAUGGGCUGCGUCCAUCUACCUCAGAUUGGGAUCGAUGGAGGAGGCCGAGGAGUGUAUCGUCGAGGCGGAAACGGUAUCACCGCCCAACGUUAAGACACAUACGUACUUGGGUCUCUUGACGUCCAAAUACCGCAAGUUCUUGUCACUCCAGGAGUUUGAGAGAUCUUUGGAGGAGUUCCAUCACCCAGAAGAGAAAUUCAACAAAAAAGCCUAUGGCGUCACGUUACUUGGCAUGUGCAAGCUUUUCCUAAAGGACGACGAUCCAAGCAACUCUCUCUUCAUCUCCAACAAGGAUGUUGAUGCCGGUCUAAUCCGUAUCAAGAACUACUUGGAGGAGUACACACACUGUUGGCCAUAUGGAUACAAUUGCCCUGAGGUUUGGUACUACUUGAGCGCAAUUUACGAGAAAUUUGACGACAAGCUCUUGUUGAACGAGGCACUCUGGAAGUGUGUUGAGCUUGAGAACCAACGCCCCGUGAGAGCAUACUCUGUGUGUGAGGACUGGGUUUGA